AUGGUUGGUGGGCCUCGUAGCAAUGGCUGCUUGCGCUGUGUCAAGCGCCGGGUAAAGUGUGACCGAAGAGUGCCUGGAUGUGCCAGAUGCGAGACUUAUGGUCAGCCAUGUCCUGGGUAUGAUAAAGGCUUUAAAUUCAUCACCGGAAAGCCAUACCGAGACAAGCGUCGUCCGGCAGAGGACAAGAAGGACGAAACACCCAAGAGUGGUACCUCCAGUCCGGAAAUUGAACUUGACCCGACCUGUCAAGCUCUAAUUCCUCGAGAGGAGCCAGCCUCUCUAACCUCGCCAGACGGGAAUGUUAUACAACAUCUAUGUGUAUUAAUCGAUGAUUUCUCUCAGCCUGUCACUCCCAGUCCGAUUCAUGCUGUGACCCGCUGGUUCGGGUUUCUUCCAUCUAUCUAUGGUCAGAAUCGGGUAUUGGAUGCGACUAUCAGAUCCUUCACAGCACAUCAUUUUGGACGCCUGGCUGAAAAUCCACAAAUGGUUUCAUAUGCCCGCUCAGCUUAUGGGGAAGCCUUGCGUGGUCUACGAAGAUCAUUAGGAUCCCCGGCUGAAAGCUUAUCGACUCAUAUUUUUUGUGCGGUCGUGUUACUGUGCAUGUAUGAGGUAAUGCUUGCCCAGAAUAGCCUAACUGCAAUGGAUGCUGAUAAUUUCCAGCUCUUCACCGACACUGAUGACCCAGAGUCAUGGAUGAGGCACGCGAAAGGCCUCAGUCAGUUGGUCAAAAUUCGAGGACCAGACAGGUAUUCUAAUGCGCUUGAAAUUUCAUUACUAAAAGCCUCCCGAGGGUUAAUUGUUAUGCACUCAAUGUUCUCGGGCGAAGAGUGCUUCUUGGCAUCAGAUGUAUGGCACGAGAAGAUGCGACAGCAGUUCACAACAGACUUGCCGUCUGACCUGCACUACAGCAUCGAGCUGUUCUUUGCAUAUUUCACACAUGCACCAAGUCUUGUGCACAAGCUCUAUAGCCUGAGACACAUGGAUGUGGCAAGUGCAGCAGCCCUGCAAACCAUAACCGAAGUUCUCUCAAAAGCCCUCGAGAUGCAGGCGAAGCUUGCCACCUGGUAUGAGAAAUUUUCUCAAAUUGCACCGCUCCCAGUUGAAAUCGACUCGUUAGCAGGAGAUGAACUAUACCCUGUCAUUCUCACAUACACAGAUGUGAACCAGGCAACUAUUUACUGCGGCUACUACUCCUACAUGGUGAUAAUUCAUGAGAUUUUGAGAACGUGUUGCCAGCCCGGUGAGCACGCAGCCAUGGUCGUUUUUUACCGCGACCAAAUUUGUAAAUCAGUUGAGUACACCAGUGUUGGAAUAAUGGGGCCUUAUCGAAUGGGGUUUCCUCUCCGCGUGGCGGUAGAAAUUGUCGAUCCAGUAACCAGAUCAUGGAUUCUGAGCCGUCUGGGACAGUUUUCAAAGACCUACGCGGCAGCUCAGCCAGAAAAUUACAAACCAAUUUUAUAA